CAAGCGCGGCAUGCCCUGAUUUUUGUGGCCACCUUUUUUAUAUGCUAACAGCUUUCCGUUGGUACACAAAGGCCGGUGCACCAUAAACACUACUUGAAACAGUUUUACUGUAGAGACCCUUUUUAAGGAAAUAUCCAAAACGACAUUUUUAUUCAAAAUUUAGUUGCUUUCGUGAAUAUACGGCGUAAUGCCGAGAUCUCCAAAAGAAGUUUUGAAGGACUUUGGCGAAACAACAACUGCGCAUGGAAUUGGAAAACUUGUCGGAUCAAAACAUCCGAUUCGCAAAACAGUUUGGCUUGUUCUUCUGUGCGUUUGCUUUGGAUAUGUAAUAUACCAAAUCAAGGAGCUAUGUGGGCAAUACAAAGAGCACCAAAUAACCGUGAUGUCGCAUGCAGAGAGAAAAAAAGAAAUACCUUUCCCUGGAGUAACAGUUUGUAACCUUAACCCGGUGAGAAAAAGCAAGAUAAUUGAACACAACUUGACGGAAUUAUUGAAACCCAGCGGGCCAAAUGCAAUCGGUCAAGUGGAGAUGAGAAACAAAUUGAUGUCGAUGGUCAUGGGUAUGAAUGCAACCACCAGAACAGAGCUCGGCCAUCAAGAGAAAGACUUCAUCUUUGGCUGUUAUUGGCUUGGGCAGCCGUGUAACACAUCGUUUGAGCAAAUCUUUACACCAGAAUAUGGCAAUUGCUUCACGUUUAACUCCGGCAAGUUACACGAUUUGGCUGUGACUGAGGCGGGUGACACGGAGGGCCUUUCCCUCUUGCUUAACACCGAGCAAUGGGACUACAUGGGCGCAGUGUCACCCUCGAUAGGAGCGAUCGUCGAUGUGCACCAUCCUGAUGAUAUAGAGGUACCUGCUGUACGCGGUAUCACGGUGUCACCGGGACAAGCUACGUCCAUUGGAUUAGUCUUGGGAUCCAUGUACCGCUUGGACUCGCCUUAUAGCAAAACCGGCUGCAAGUCAAUAGAUACUCCAACCAUCUACAAGAAUAAGAUUUACAGCGCCGAGGCUUGUUAUCGCGGCUGCUUGAUAGCGAAGUCGCUGGAAAAGUGCGGUUGCGUUGAGUCUCGAAUGCAAGUUGGCCUCACAGCCCAGACCUGCGACCCUUUCAACAAAACUCUUAGAAAAUGCAUCGAGGAAGUUGUUGACUUCAACUCAUGCAGCUGUCCACCCGCUUGCAGGGAAAUGAAAUUUGAAUUUUCUGCUUCCACCAGUGUUUGGCCAAGUGAGCCUUAUUGGACAUUUUUGAAGGAAGCGUAUGACUCUCGAAACACCAGCCGCUCAUUCGCAUCUUUUCCAGACUCGAGAGGUAACCUUUUAGCGGUUAAUAUCUUCUUCAAAGACAUGAGCAUUACAAUAAAAACAGAGACUUUUAGUUACGAGUUUUCAAAUCUGGUGGCUGAUGUUGGCGGUCAGCUCGGCCUGUUUGUCGGCAUGUCUGUCCUUUCCAUCAUGGAGUACUGGGAGCUGUUGAUCGACCUCGGCACCGCGCUACUGAGACGCGACAAGACACUGCGUGUCGCGGUGGCCUCAAAGCCUGAAACCUAGCACCGCGCUACACAGACGAUAGAUGACAAAGCAUGUUGCCGUGGCCUCAAAGACCGAACCUAGCACAGCGCUACUCAGAAAAGACACGGUAUGUUGCCGUGGCCUCAAAGACCGAACCUAGCACCGCGCUACUCAGAAAAGACACGGUAUGUUGCCGUGGCCUCAAAGACCGAACCUAGCACCGCGCUUACUCAAAAAAGACACAGUAUGUUGCAGUGGCCUCAAAGACCGAAUCUAGCACCGCGCUACUCAGAAAAGACACGGUAUGUUGCCGUGGCCUCAAAGACCGAACCUAGCACCGCGAUACUCAGAAAAGACACGGUAUGUUGCCGUGGCCUCAAAGACCGAACCUAGCACCGCGCUACUCAGAAAAGACACGGUAUGUUGCCGUGGCCUCAAAGACCGAACUUAGCACCGCGCUACUCAGAAAAGACACGGUAUGUUGCCAUGGCCUCAAAGACCGAACUUAGCACCGCGCUACUCAGAAAAGACACGGUAUGUUGCCGUGGCCUCAAAGACCGAACUUAGCACCGCGCUACUCAGAAAAGACAAAACACGGUGUGUAGAGGAUGCCUCAAAGCCUGAAACUUAGCACCGCGCUACACAGACAAGACACGGCGUCUUGAACAUGCGUCCCUGAUACCAUAGUGACGUUGAUAUCGGACAACAGUGUUGGUUUGUCACAAAUGACGUUGGUAUCCUGACGAGCCGCAGUAAGUAAGCGUUGUCAUGGCAAUGGGGGCGUUGUCAAUAGCCAAGAAAUCACGUGACGUCUUUGUUGACGCCCUCUUUUUUUUUGCAUCAAAUAAAAACAAAAGGACGUAUUCAGCUCUUACAAAUCAGCCAGAAAGUUGCUAUUGAAGGAUUCAAUUUUUCGUCGCUAUCUGAGGUGACGGCUGCAGAAAUCAGUGGUAAACCAACCUGGCGUUAGUUUGCCACUCAAGAAAGUGAUAAAGGGAUUUUUAAGUGUAAGUCGCCUAUUUGACCCCACCCUCAGGUCCCCCUACGCUUUUUUCUCCCGAUUCGUGGGUGAGACUCACGAUAUACAAAAACUGUCUCGAGAUUAUUUUAUUUGCAACACAUAUCCAAAUAAAGUUAUAACCACACUCUUACAAACCGACCAUGGUCACUCUGACAGACAAGAGUAUAUCACUGCCAUAUGUAACUAUACUUGCGCUCACGAAGGCCAGCCUUCGAGGCGGAAAUAAAAACACUAUUAUGCCGACACACUGAAGAUGGGCUAUGUACAAGCUGUUAUACAUAUAAUAUAUAGAUGGUAAAACUA